AUGACCAGAUCCCAGAUAAGUGAAGACCACUCUUUCGUCAACAAUUUCUGGGGCCACAAGGACACUGGAUUCCAAGUGAUUCAGACCAAGAUCAAGCAUUCCUUGAACACACUACAAGAAAUAUUGGCAUUCUACCAAGAGAGAAUCGCCAUUGAAAAGGAAUACAACAAGAAAUUAUUGAAGUUAAAUGAAACCAUUGUGCUUGGAUCCAAUGAGACUGGCUCUUUAAAGACUUCAUUGGACAAGUUAGCCAUGGAGAAUUAUCAAAUGAUCAAGUACAAUAUGAAGUUUUCUAAAAGUGUAUCACAACAGAACUACGACAAGUUAAACAAUUUCACAUUAAUUUACUCCAAGAAAAUAGUGAAGUUGGAGAAUCAUAUGAUAAAAUUGACAUCGAGGAAGAAGGAUGCCUUGAAAAACUAUGAACUUUACAAGAAUAAGUACAAAGAUGAGUGUUGCCAAAUCAAGCUGCUUAGGUUCCAGUGUCAGGGCACCUGGGGAAAGGAAUUGGAACGCCUAGAAGCCAAAUUAAAUAAACUACUCAGUGGAAACGGCUCCACAAAGAGACAUUACCAGCAGAGCUGUGCAUUAUUACAAGAAAUUGAAGAAUUGUAUGUCAGAGAUUGGAGUACCAUAUUGAAGGACUUCUACCAAUUGGAAGCAGAAAGAAUCCAAGUCACCAAAGUGAAUAGUUUCACAUAUUGUAACAAUGUCGCUACUUUAUGUGUGGAACAUGACCAAGCAGUAGACAAUGCAAGAAGCAUCAUUGCACAGAUCUCACCCAAUGACGACUUGCAACAGUUCAGCUACAACUACGGAACAGGGAACAAGAUAUACGCUGCUCCUGAAUUCGUUGACUUCAUGGAAGGUUCAGAGGAGAAACCAGAAGACGGAAAAUACACAGAGGCACAAUUUGGUACACCAGAGUAUUUGGUUAGGUCGCAAACUAUGAACAGAGGUUCGAACAAUGAAGGAAUUGUCACCUCUAGUCCAAAAGCAAAGCCUUACACCCCAGCCACACUGCCAAUUAAAAUGCCCCCAAGUGCAACAACCACUCCGUCUCCAACAAAGUUCAGUUCAAGAGUCCUCCCACCUCAGAAAAGACAACCAGCUCAGCUUCAGGAAGCACAACAAUUACAGCACUCUAGUUACAACCACCGUGGGCAUCACUCUCCAAUUGCUUCGCCAGUUCAUCCAGUGCCAGCGACUGCUACUACUUUGGAACCAGUCAGUCUUCCUCCUCCAUCAUUGUCACCAUACUCGGAGCCAAAGACUCCUUCUCCAAACAGAAGGGACCUAAUCCAAACUACUCAUCUCCCAGUCCACGUUCCACCUCCUAAGGCACCUUCAAACUACAGUACAGGUGGAUCUUCAGCAGAUGUAUUUUCUUAUGAGGAAAACUUAAAAGCGGAUCACCUUGAAAAGCAGGAACAGAAAUUUAGAGAGAGCAAUGGCUCGUCUAAUUACUCUAAUCCUACCACAUACACUUCAUCAAACUAUUCGUCGAACUACUCAUCCAAUUCUUCCAACGAUAGAAAUUGGGCUACUCCAAGAAAGAGAGAAAUACAGCAAGUUAAGAAGUAUCAAGAUAAGAUUAACCUCAAUGCUAAAGAAUUGCCAACAUUCCCCGAACAUUCUGCUUCUACAAUUAAGUUAGAUCACUCCAAAAUUCCAAUCCAAAAGGAUUUCUCCAUUGACUUCAUAGCUAAGGCCCUUGAGGACUUGAAUUCUGGCGGUAAUGGUGAUAUUAACCAAUAUAGAAGGUCAGUGAGAAGAGCUAAAGCAGAAGAGGAAAUCCAACUGCAGCAGCAGCAACAACAACAGAGGCAUCACCAAAUACAGAAACAACUGCCACAGCAGCUGCAAAAGACAAUUCUGCAUAAGAAGCUGAAGAGUGUUUAUAGCUAUUCAGAUAUACGACCAGCAGUUGAUUAUGUUGAUGAUCAUGCUGAGGUAGCAACAAGGUACGGCUCGAUUAACUUCACGGCUCCUGAGCCAAAUACUCCAGGCAGCUUUGCCCUAAAUUCGAGGGGAUCAGUCAGAAGAAGGCCAAAGUCCAUGUAUGAGUCCAGCACUAACAAUGACCUUGAUUCUCACUCAUCGUAUCAACAGCAAUCUCAAAAUAAUGAUGAAUUUAGUACUCCAAGCAAGCCAUCAAAGAAGCCACAAAGAAGUCUUCUGAAGACUCCAUCGAAAUCAUAUACCAAUCUCCACUCUUUCAUACAAGAUACACCUGCCAAGCCCGCCCGCAAUGAUUCCGGAUACACUCCGUCUGGUAAGCCAUAUGUAAGCAAAGUGAGAGCAAUGUAUACCUAUAAGCCACAACACCACGGUGAGCUUUAUUUUAAGAAGAAUUGGUAUUUAUAUGUCCUUCACAAGCAAGAAGAUAAUUGGUAUGUAUGUGAAUUGGCAAGUGAGCCUGGUGCUGGUACAAUUGGGUUAGUUCCUGGAAAUUAUGUUAAAGAUGACAACAGCUUUUGA